GAGCUCUUGAGAAGCUCCGAGCUCUCAGCGACCAUGCUGGCGAGAGCGCCACCGUCGCUCCGCUCGACUUUGAUAAUAUCAAUCGUCUCUCUCUUCCAGACGAGGGCUUCAAGCCUGUGCCGCUUGGCGCGCUGGGAGGAGAUGCUGGCCGCAGGAUAGUCGAGCGGCUUCACGGUGCGAUGCUGCCCCAGUCUGAGGGUCGCGCUCGGAUCGAGUCCGGGGGCCCCCGGAAGCUCUACACCGACCCGGCGCUGAGGAACCCCAAGCUGCAUGUCCAGCUGCUGCGGAUCCUCGAGCGUCGGAAUCUUUUCGAUUCCUACAAGGACAGGUGUUGCAGCGUUGGUGUCUUUUUCAUUUACAAGAAGUCGGGUAAGCUGCGGCUCAUCCUGGACGGCAGGCAUGCAUCCCUGAACUUCCACGUCCCCGACAAGGUUGCCCUCGCGUCGGGUGCGACCUUCGCCGGCCUCCGCGUGGAUGGGGGCAAGGCCAUCGCGGUGGCGGAGGUCGACCUGGCGGACGCGUUCUACACGAUGAUGCUGGGCCUCGAGAGCACCGCGGACGGGCGGCGCCUGGCGGGAACCGACCUGGUGCACCCGUGCUUCAGGGGCCCCCCGAUGGGCUGCCCCUUCAGCCUGUGGAUCUGCCAGGCGAUGCCGGAGGGGGUGGCCCUGAAGGCGCCCCAGCUCCCCCUCGCGAACCGCUUCGUGGACCGCCGACCUGUGCCGCAAGUGUCCGAGGGUGUGAUUCAUGCCGAGUACGUGGACAAUGCGAUCAGCCUCUCGACGAACAUGGGGGCGGCGGCCGCCGCCGCGUCGGCCGUGGACUCGAAUCUUCGUGCGGCGGGACUCCCUACCCGCGGAGUCGAGUGCAGAUUCGGCGCCGUGGCACUGGGCUGGCAGCUCGACGAGAAGUCCCCGAUCAUCGGGCUGAACCCAGCGCUCCGCUGGAAGCUGAGGUUGGCUUUCCUGGAGCUGUGCCGGAGGGUGUAUGCCUCGGGGCAAGACGGCCGCGCGGCGUGGCUGUGGCCCUCUUGCCUCCGCGAGCUUCGUUGGUGCGCCAGCAUUGUCGCGAUCUGUUUCCGGGGCGCUGGCGCCUCGUUCGACAGCGCGCUCACGAUGGUGGACUCAUCGCGGUGGGGAGUAGGAGUCGCUCGGAAAAAGUCGUCAGCCCCAGUCGCUCUUGAGCUCUCCAAGUACAAUGAGAGAUGGAGAUUCAGUACUCAUCAGGAGUCCGAGGUGUCACAGAGGCCCCACGCCUUCAAGUCGGCGACCUCCGCCAACCCCUUCACCCCAGAGUCGGUCUUCAACAUCGACUGCUCCGGGAACCCGAAGGCCCCGAUCAAGGAGCCCCUGGAGGCGCCCGUAGAAGAGCCUGUAAAGGAGUCCGUGGUGAAGGGGGUGCACGUGGAGGACGGGAUGGUCAGUGACACCGAGGAGGAGGAGGAGUUCCCCGAAAUCCCAUACGACGUCUGGGCGAAAGGCUGGGUCCCGGUGGUAUCUCAUCGCUGGAGUCGUUCAGAGCAUCAGGUUGUCUUGGAGGCCCGCGGCAUGGUCGUGGCCGUCCGUCAUGUCCUUCGACGCGUCUCAUCGCUCAACCGAUGCCAUCUCUGCUUGGGCGACUGCUUGGGGGCCAUCCUGGCCGCCACCAAGGAGCGUUCGUCGCGGCGGGAGAUGGGCCGCGCGCGCAGGUUCCUGGCAGCCCUUUCGCUGGCUAGCGGCGCUGCCUUCUUCUGGCGCCGGGCCCCCUCGGAGAGGAACUCGGCCGACCGCGCCUCCAGGCCGUGGGAGCUGGCAGCCGAGCCGCUGGACCGCCCGGGGCGGGCGAGCUGCCACCGGGCGAGGCAUCCCCUGGGCGUGAGCUGGCAGGAUCGGCCCCAGCGUUCGUUCCUCGAGCUGACGGCCGUUGGGUACAGGACCGCCUGGGGCUACCAGGUCCGAUACCAAGCUUUCCUGACUUGGUCGACGGAUGCGGGCCUGUCGGUGGCGAGCGUCACGGAUCUGGGGGCCGACUGGAUGGCGGCGAACGGCUCCCUGGCCGCUGCCCGAACGGCCGUGCUGACUUCUGCCCUCAGCCUGGGGCCGUCGGAGACGCUGUCGCUGCGCGUCCAGUCAGUCGUGCGGCCCGUCAGGGCUGGUCCACGGCAUCUGAGCAUGUGCUCGAUCCUGUUGUUUCCCGUGGAGCUCAGGGUGAUGUCGAAGACCAAGGACUACGACACCAGUCUCCAGCUGGACAACCAAGUGGGCGCCGGCCUCGGACUGGGCGCCCUCGGCCCCCCAAUAUUGUACCAACUGCGCCACGAGGGGGCCAGCCCCGUGAGGUCGACGAACGUUUGGGAGUUCGGCGACAUCAAGAAACGCAGGCACUGGGAGGCCGUCAGGAGCCUCAAGCUGUACGCGAGGGUGCACCUGGAGAUCUCCAGUGGUUCUGGGAAUUGGUCCCGGGCGCUGCGGCGAAGCAUGGCUUCUCGCCUGGCGCCCCGAGUCUUCGAGCAGGACGUGGGCCAUGAGCCGAUCCUCGGUGACCUCCGCCGACGACGAGCCCAGCGCGUGGUGCGCGGGUGGCUCCGCGGUGGCCUGCUGCAGGGCGUCUGGCUUGGGAUGCCCUGCAGCUCGUGGUCACGGGCGCGGAAUCGGCCCAACGGGCCACCAGCCCUGCGGGACGCCGCUCACGUGCUUGGCCUGCCCAACCUGUCGUCGGGUGACCCCCUCAAGGUUGAGACGGGUAACAAGUUGUCGCAGUUCUCUUUCAGCCUCUUUCUGGGGUGUGCCAGGCGCGGAGUCCCCGCUGCCAUCGAGAACCCUUCCACGUCGUGGGUCUGGCAGACCCGCUGGGCCCAGCAU